AUGUGUCGUUUUAUGAUAUACAAGGGGAGAGAGUCCAUGGUUUUGUCCGAUCUACUCACUAAACCUGCACACUCCAUCAUCAACCAGUCUUUUGAUUCGAGGCUACGGUUAGAUAUGCGAAAUCCUAUAAAUGGUGAUGGAUUCGGCGUCGGUUACUAUACAGAGCACAACAAACCGUGUGUCUUCAAGGCUAUCACGCCAGCUUGGAAUAAUGUUAAUCUAAUUAAUUUGUCACAAUCUACCGAGUCGUCUUUGGUAUUUGCGCAUGUAAGAGCAUCUACUCAAGGGGUUUUGUCGGAAACAAAUUGCCACCCUUUCAACUUUGGUAAAUUGAUGUUUAUGCACAAUGGAGGGAUAUCCUGUUUCGACAAGAUCAAAAAGAAGCUUAUAAACUAUUUGGAUGACAAAUAUUUCCUAUUCAUCCAAGGUUCCACAGACUCGGAGUGUUGUUUUGCGUUGUUUUUGGAUACCUUGGAAAGAAUGGGCUUUGACCCCAGCUCAAUAGAAACAAAGUUUUCCCAUGUGGUCUUGAAAACAGCAUUGCUAAAGACUAUAGAGUUGAUUAAAAGCUGGCAAGUCGAGGUCACUUCUGAGCCCUCCUUGUUGAAUUUUGCAGCAACAGACGGUGAAUCGGUGGUUGUGAGCAGGUACAUCACCUCCAAGACAGAUGAAGCGGCAUCAUUACACUUUAGCACCGGCUCGAGAUUCUUUGAGUACCAACCUGGCUUAUUUAAAAUGGAAAGAUUAAAUAGAUCUCAAGAUGUCAUAUUUGUUGCAAGUGAACCGCUCACUUUUGAAAGAGGCGACUGGUUGUGUGUUCCUACAAAUACAUUGAUAACAAUCACAAACAAGAAUACAGUCUUGAUGCACCCAAUAGAAGAUGAAUUUUACGAUGGAGGAUUAACAGAAAGAUCUUCUGGCUUGGCCAUAAGUAAAGGUUUGAUGGGAAGCGUGCCAAAACCAGAAGAAGAGUCGAGUUUGUCUCAUGAUGACUCUCAAGUACAUGGAAACGGAGUAAUACUGCAUGUGCCCCCAUUGGAAAGAGAAGGAAGAGCAAAUUCAAAAGCAAUGGUUCAUUAG